GAAACACAGGGGCUUGCUAGACUGAAUCUAGACCGCAGCGUUGUGUCGGUUUUGGAGCCCGUUGACGAGAAUCGCGAGUCCAUUGAGAGUCAGAGUGGGACGGGGACGCCAGUGAUACCUCCCAUCAGCCAGGACAUGUUUUCGUUAUUACUCGACCCAGGCGAGUCUCUGGAGAGCCCAGCUACCGAUCUUACGGUUCCAUCCACAGAAGAAAUGCCAAGGGAACUCAACCCUUUGCACUCUCGGACGGCAGACGCCUCGACUUUGUCUCCAACCUAUAUUCAAUGACAGGUCGUUCGCCUAUCAAUAUACUUCCACGGCACUCGAGUCUUGACUACAUUACCAUUCACGAUCACGAGCUCCCAGACGGGGCCCUGGUUCGGCAUCACCAGUGGGGCUGGUCAUCAGAGACGGAUAUCGUGCGUGCGCGGCCCUCUGUACCUGGAAACGUUGGAGCCGGCCACAGCGAGCCCGAACUCUCAAAUACAGCAUUUGCACGCAACUUUUGGCGCCAGCCGGUGAUCAUGGAGUCGCCGCCCAAUCUCGCAUCUUUGGAAACCGACAUCGAAACCACCAUCUACGCCCCUGAGUUCGAUAUGACGAAACGGCGAUCUGCUCUCACGAUCUUGGAAGAUGUGCAGAUAAGCAGCGACUCAGAUAGGCAGAGAAUCCGGUCACAAAUGAGCUUCUCAAGCUUUUCGGAGCUGGUUCAGGAAGAUGGCAUGAGGAGUCCUGGGAGUGCCGAGACAGAGGAAAGGCCAACGCGAUUUUACACUCCAGACUGUCAGCCAGCUCACCAAUUUCCUAUUUCUACAAAUGACACAGAGUCAACAACAACGGCCAAAUCCAACUCUUCACUACGCUUCACGCCCGUCAUGACUGUGGUUGAUGUCCAGCCUUUGCCACCAGCAGAAGGGUCCCAGACACCGGAUGAAGAGACAACUCCUCAGUUACCCAUCAAUCGUGGCCCGGUAUUCUCCACGAGACUAUCCAGCUCAUACUUGUUCUCUGACUCUUCCGACCUCAUGUCUCAGCCAAAGUCAGAAGACUGGCUGCGACAGCGUGUGCCCAAGGUGACGCUCACCAACAAUAACUCGAUUGAACGGAUCUUGUUGGCAAGGCGUUCAGAACUGGCAACGGCGUCUAUCAACGAAAACAGUGCCCAGGGGACAUCUUCUCCUCCAGUUCGCGAUGAGCUGUUACCGCAACACCACAUACCUCGCACUGAAUCACACCGCGAGCUCGUUCGUCGAUAUAAAGAGCUAUGCGAGACUCGCGAUCGCGAGCUUGAGGUUCUCUUGGAACGCCUAGAGCGUCUCGAAAGCAACAGCGAUCGCUGGUUGAACGCUAUCCUGCCAAUGUUUGAGAGCAUAUCGCAGAGGUUGAAGACGCCCACAUCAGAAUACCACAAUACCUCGCUUACACAGAUCGAGUCGCCAGUGCCGCACGAGGCCGCCCCAGCCAGCGAUUUACGGGGUCAUUUUGGCAGUGUAAACAGUGUGCACCAAUAUGAGAGCGGGCACUUUUUACAUGCCAAUUCUGCUACGCAUCAUCCACAACAGCACCGCCAGCGUCAUAACUCCAUCCCGCCUAUUAGCAACCAUCUCGGGAGAGGUCCUUUCACACAUAGCAAUCAGCAGCAGCACUUGCGCGCUCAUUCUUACGGCGGCACUGGCGCUUUCCAAGGCCAUCUCUCUGAUCUCACUUUCGAUUCAGAAGAUGACUCGUUUGUGGCAAACAACAAUGGCGGGAGUGGAUACGGUACGGGCGUCGCGGUCGACAGGCUUCCCUCGCGCCACGGAGAACAGAUCUUUGCAACAAGCGUCGACUUUGCCUCGCGCACGGCUACACUGCAAACACAUGCGAAGCAAUAUCAAGAUCGUGUUGGCGGUCGUACGGUUCCAAGGAAUGAGAAUUUAUCUCUAACAGGUCUCGAGACUCUCGAGCCCGUGAUGAGAGACGUGAUGGGAGGUGCGCAGUUCGACCUGGACAAGGAAUCGCAAUUAUCAGAUGCCGAAGAGGAUACCAUCUGUUGAGAUGAAGAAAUAUGAGGCGAUAGAGAGGAAAUCUGAAGACUGAUUUAUACGAAAACGAAUAUUAUGAGGGUUGAACAAGACGAACGCUGUUUAUUGGAGUUAGGUAGGUGAUAGAUACAAACUCAGGGUUGAUAGGUGGCCUAGAGAUAAUGACAUGGGAUUUAGCAGACGAGCAUUGCACUGCCAUCCCUAGGUGUCACUAGCAACCGCUCCAUAUCUCAUCUGAAAACUAAUACCACUUUGCCCAUUAAAUCCCGG